CCUGCACUCAAAGCAAAAGAGAAACCUUUUUCCCCUGCUUCUUUAUUUACAUGAGUGAGUAGAACUAUAUGAACGUUUAAAGGGAAGUAAAACACACCAGCUUCAUUGUUGUGAUAACUUGUGGAAGAUUACUGUUAAAUUUUGCAUAAAAUAAUUCCAGUUAACUCCCUCCUCACAUGUCAAAGGAAUCUGAAGGGCAAAAUCGUGUGGAUGAAGGUAUGGCAAAACUCGGGUGCAGUUCAGGAUGGCGGCUGCUGCACAAGAGAGGAGAUCUGUUCACCUGUCCGCCCACCGAUGCCCUGGCGCACUGCAUCAGCGAAGACUGCCGCAUGGGAGCAGGGAUCGCUGUGCUCUUCAAGAAGACAUUUGGUGGAGUAGAUGAGCUUCUGGCUCAGAAGAAGCAACCUGGGCAGUGUGCCGUCCUUAGAAUAUCUGAGCGUUUCGUGUACUACCUGGUCACAAAGAAAAAGUACAACCAAAAACCCACCUAUGACAAUCUCAGAAAGAGCCUCGUGUCUAUGAGGGAACACUGCUUGGCCAGUGGCGUCAACAGUAUAUCCAUGCCUCGGAUUGGCUGUGGUCUGGAUAAACUGAAAUGGGAAAAUGUGUCUUCCAUUAUCACAGAAGUCUUCCAGGACACAAAAAUCUCCAUCACUGUGUACACAAUCUAGACCACAGCAGGUCUGAAACUUGAAGAAUGCUUGGAGGGUGGCUUUUUGUUGUUUUGGGAAACAUAAGCUCUUAAGACUGUUCUAGUUAUAUACUCUAAGAAUAUGUUGGGGUUCGAUUCCAUUGUUCUUCCAUCCUCCUGUUGCAUCUCUAAACUGUAUAGAUGUUCUUUUCACCACUAGAGGGUCAUUGGAUUGUUUGAUAAAUUAUGCUUUCUAGUUCAUAUUUUUCCUGUAAUUAUCACGAAAUUAAACGUACCUCUAAUAUUAAUGCACUAUAAAUGUCCCAUAAAUAAUGAUUCCACCAUUA